AUGCGAAUGCCGACCAGUAUGCCCAAGAGCUCGACCGACCGCGGCAUGAAAGAAGCCGCGUCCGAGACGGUGGACGAGAUGCUGACGGAGGCCGAACAGAUGCGGCAGCGCAAGGACUUGGGCGAUCACGGCCGUCGGACGCUGGACCAGAUCCAAGAAGAUGCCCGGAACCUCGGCGAGUAUGCCCGGGGCAAGAUGGAGCACAUGAAUGAAGUGAUGCGCGAGGCGGCCACGUCGGCGCGGGAGUCGGCGGGACUGCCCGACGCGGCGCCUGUGCCCACGGACGCCAUGAGCGACAAGGUCAUGGACUCGCUCAAGACGGCGAGCGAGAAGCUGAGUGCCGAGAUAAGCGACUUGGGGGAGCGCGUGGAGAGCGUCAGGGCCCGCGUCGCCGAGCAGGUCCAUGCUGCUGGAGGCAAAGCAAAGGAGACGGUCAAUGCUGCGGGCGACAAGGCCAAGGACACGAUGCACGCGGCGAGCGACAAGGCCAAGGACACGUGGAUUCAGAGCUCGGAAGCGGCCAAGAACGUGGGCGAGCGCGAGUAUUGUUUGCCGCUGCCGACGGACCGCAUUUGUGCGCGGCACGUGGCGAUGGUGGGGCUGCCGUUGCUGGCGGUGUUUCUGCUCAUGAUGAUGCGUCGUCGCUACCCCAAGAAGUGGCAGGCGAGCGUGGACAAGAUGCGGACGCCGGGCAAGUCGCUGGCGCAGGAGAUGCCAUCGAGCGACCACCUCAAGUCGAAGCUGGAAGGGGCCGCGAACACGCUCGAAGGCAAGAUUGAGUAUGGCAAGCAGCGCGGGGGCGCUAUGGUCGACCAGGUGCGCAGCCAGUUUGCCCAGGUCGAGAACAAGAAGGAGCAAUAA